UACAGGAGGAGGGACUGCGGAAGUUUCUCAUCAUCCAUGUUUUCCUGGCAGUAACUGCGCAACAAACGCAGCAGCAGCUGGAUUGUUUGGGUGAAUUUUGGUUGUUUAGGUUUUGCUUCUGUUCUCACAGUCUCCAGGAUCUCCAGGCAGGAUGUCUGUCACUGUGUCCAAGGCUGAUGGGGUCACUGUGUUCACUCUGACCUCUGACCCCGAUAGUGCCUGGCCUCCUCUGUGCCAGAUCUUCAAGAACCUUUGCUACAGCCCAGUGUGCUGCACUGUGUCUCAGCACCUGAGGAAGAUCCAGAGAGCUUCUCAGACAGUGCUGGGGACUCUGCAGAUUAUUGUUGGGCUCCUCAAUAUUGGACUCGCAGCAAUCCUCCUUUCCACUCACAGCCAAUUAUGGCAAAUGGAGUUUACCGGCUUUCCUUUUUGGCUCGGAGGAUUGUUCAUCAUGUUCGGCAUUGUGAGCAUUUUAUCUGAGAGGUUUCCAAGUCCAUGUCUGGUUGUCGUAAAUGUGAUUCUGAAUCUGGUUGGAGUUGCUUUUGCCAUUACAGCCAUUGUGCUCUACAGCAUCAGUGUAGCAGAUAUAUAUAUGUGGGGGAUGUGUGAGCGCAAUGACUACUGGUACGACCGGCAUACAACACCAAGUCCAUCUGUUGAAGAAGCGAUCCUACAGAGGAAAUGUUUGGAGGGCAAAGCAAUGCUUUUGAUGCUCAUGAGAGGCAUGCAUGCUGUGCUGAUCGUCCUGUCGGUCCUGGAGCUCUGCGUCGUCAUCAGCUCGGUCGUCCUGGGGAUCAAGUCUCUGAGGAGCAAAGAAAAGGGACAAAACAAGAGCACUGAUGACCCUGAGCUCUACAGCCCGCUGCUGCAGGAAGUUAGCACUAAGCCUUCAGUCUGAAUGUAACUGUGCUGUUUGAAUUAUGUGCCUUCGUAGCCUCGACUCUUUGUACUGCAACGCUAAUCAUGCACUUCUCAUAUACAUGAAAUUGAAGGCACUGCUAUAUUUCUUUUGAUCAUUUGUUUCCAGUGUAUCAGAUAAUGAGCCCUACAGCUCCUUUUUUUGCUUUUCUUGUUGCCUUUUUUCCAACGUUGGUUAAAUGGAUACAAAUCAAGUAAAGUUCGUUUGACCAGAUUCCAUUAAAUGGAACGUUUUACGUUGUACUUAAGUAACAAAGUUACAUGGAAAAUUGACAUGUAAUGGAAUUACUUAAAGUCAGUAUUUUUGAAUGUAUGUGCACUGCUCAAAGAAAAUUAAAGGAACAUUUUAUAAUCAGA